AUGAGGUUGUUUGUGUAUUUGUUGGAGGGGAGGGACUUGGCAGUGAAGGAUUCAUAUGUGAAAUUGAAAGUUGGUAAGUCUAAGUCUAAGACAAGGGUGUUGAAGAACACAAGAAAUCCUGUUUGGAAUGAAGAGUUUGUGUUCAGAGUGCAUGACUUGGAGGAUGAACUUGUUUUGUCUGUGUAUCAGUUUAAUGAAGACUCUGGAUUCUUUAAUCUGGCUGGAGAUUUGGUGGGCAGGGUUAAGAUUCCAGCUUGGUUUAUUGUUGCUGAGAAAAACCACUACUUGCCUCCCACUUGGUUCUCUCUUCAAAAGCGCAAGAGUUUGAAAUCAACGACUAACAAAGAUUAUGGUAAAGUUCUUCUGACACUGUCACUGCAAGGGAGAGGUGAGCAAGUAUGCAGUGACCAUCUCUUGUAUGUACAUCCAAGUUGCAGAGCUGAAAACACCGAUGAGUAUGGAAAUAAAUGUGUUUCAUCUCAAGAUAUUUUUAGCUGUACUCCUCCGACAAAGAAGAUUUUAGAAGGGAAACAUCUAGUGAAGGUUAUCGCUGGUCGCUUAGAGAAGCUUUUCAACAAAAAUGAAGAUGCAUCAGGGACUGAGGAUUCAUCUGAGCUCUCAACUACCAUUUCUGAUAAUGAAGAAAACUUGGCUGAGCCAACCAGUAACAGUAACUUUGAAGAGCUGAUUGAAAUGCUGCAAUCAAGUAAUGAACAAAAGGACAUGCCAGAGAACCUAGAGGGAGGCAUCCUUUUGGAUCAGGCAUAUGCAAUACCACCUAAAGAUCUCAACUUGCUUCUGUUUGCUCCCAAGUCGCAAUUCAUGAGAGAUCUUGCAGAAUUGCAGGGAACAAUGGAUGUUCAAGAGGGCCCUUGGACAUGGAAAUCAGCAGAUAAAUCAUGUUUAGCACGAGUUGUUACCUACACCAAAACAGCAACAAAAUUAGUAAAGACUGUUAAAGCUACUGAAGAGCAAACUUAUAUAAAGGCCAAUGGGAAAGAAUUCAUUGUCUUUGUAGAUGUUAAUACGCCUGAAGUUCCAUAUGGAAACACAUUUAAGGUUGAUCUACUUUACAAGAUAACUCCAGGGCCAGAGCUAUUUUCUAUAGAGAAAUCUGCUCAUCUUGUCAUAUCCUGGGCCUUAAACUUCCAUCAAAGCACUAUGAUGAAUGGCCUGAUUGAAAGAGGAGCCAGGCAAGGAUUGAAGGAGAGUUUUGAACAGUUCUCUGACUUACUAGCUAAAAAUCUCAAAGUGAUAAAUCUUGUAAAUAUGUCAGAUAAGGGACAUAUGGUAGCAACUUUGCAGGAGGAGCGCCAGUCAGAUUGGGAACUAGCAACUGAAUAUUUUUGGAAUUUUACUGUGGCUGCAGCCUUAUUCAUGGUUCUAUAUAUCGGUUUUCACAUCUGGCUUUGUGGAGAGUUCAAGCUCCAAGGUUUAGAAUUUGAUGGCCUUGAUUUACCUGAUAGUGUGGGGGAAAUUAUUACCUCUGCAAUUUUAGUCAUCCAACUCGAGAAAGUUUAUGAUAUGGUAUCACAUUUUGUGCAAUCAAGGCUAAAAAGAGGAAGUGAUCAUGGAGUCAAAGCGCAAGGAGAUGGUUGGGUACUUACAAUAGCUUUGAUUGAGGGUGCCAAAUUAGCUUCUUUAGAUUCAACUGAAUUACCAGAUCCUUAUGUGGUGGUCACCUGUAAUGGCAAAUCGAGGACAAGCUCUGUGAAGCUGCAAACUCUCGAUCCCCAUUGGAAUGAAAUACUUGAAUUUGAUGCUUCAGAAGAACCACCUUCAGUGUUGGAUGUGGAAGUUCUUGAUUUUGAUGGCCCAUUUGAUCAAGCUUGCUCUCUUGGCCAUGCUGAAAUUAAUUUUUUGAAGCAUACGUCAACAGAAUUGGCAGAUAUAUGGGUUCCCCUAGAUGGAAAACUUGCUCAAUCUUCUCAGUCAAAGUUGCAUCUGAGAAUCUUUUUGAACAAUACUAAUGGAGCUGAAACAAUUAGAGAUUAUUUAAAAAAGAUGGAAAAGGAAGUAGGAAAGAAGUUAAACCUCCGAUCACCGCACAGAAAUUCAGCAUUCCAAAAGAUUUUUGGAUUGCCACCUGAAGAGUUUCUCAUUAGUGAUUUCUCAUGCUCCCUUAAGAGAAAGAUGCCAUUGCAGGGACGGCUCUUUCUAUCAGCAAGAAUUGUUGGAUUCUAUGCCAACUUGUUUGGACAUAAGACCAAGUUUUUCUUUCUAUGGGAGGACAUUGAACACAUUCACGAGCUUCCUCCGACCGUAGGAACAGUAGGAAGUCCUUCACUUGUCAUAAUUUUGUCUAAGGGUCAUGGUAAUGAUGCUAGACAUGGUGCAAAGUAUCAAGAUGAGGAAGGCAGGCUGCAUUUCUAUUUUCAUUCGUUCAUCUCCUUCAACGUUGCUAGCAGGACAGUAAUGGCUUUGUGGAGAACGAGAACAUUGGGUCCUGAUCAGAGAGCACAGAUUGCAGAGGAACAACAGGACAGAGAUGAGAAGCCCAGUUUGUUUGAAGACCCCGGUUCCUAUUUGAUUGUCCAAGAUGCUAAAUUGGCCAAGGUUUUAAGUGUGGAACUUCCUGUAAAUAUAAGAUUGGUGUUGCAGAUGUUUGAUGGUGGAGACUUCGAGUAUAAAGUGAUGGCAAAGUCCGGAUGCCUGAAUUACACCACAACUCCAUGGGAACCUGUAACACCUGAUGUACUCGAAAGACGUACAUCUUACAAAUUUGAUCGUAGCAUCUCAGUUUUUGGAGGGGAGGUAACUUGCACACAGCAAAAGAUGCCGCUUUCCAGCGAUGGCGGUUGGAUUGUUAAUGAGAUUAUGACCCUUCAUGAUGUUCCCUUCAGUGAAUACUUCCGUGUGCAACUAAAAUAUGAGCUCGAGAAUUCUGCUCUUGCUCAAGGGACUUGCAAGUGUGAUGCCUACGUUGGUGUGGCAUGGCUGAAGAGCACCAAGUUUGAGGAGAGAAUAACUAGAAAUGUCGUGCGAAAGUUUACUCAGUGGUCGAAGGAAGUACUACAGUUGGUCGAGAGGGAGAUUCUACUAGCAACUACAUAAGAAGAGGGAAUGGCCAGAGCAUUACUCAGAUGUUCUAAAUCCAGCAAAGUUUUGGAUAUGCUAAUUCGUCGAUGCUGAAAAAAGCACUUUCGGUUGAUAGAAAAUGCACUUCAGGUUGAACAUCGAUUUUCUUGGCAAAUUGGAGAUUCAAACUAGGCGUUAAUCCUAGUUCCUGAAGGUGAAAGAACUGGCAUUCGUGCAACUG